AUGUCAACCCAAGAUACAACAAGGGCCAAACAGUCUAUCACAGAUUUUCUGAGGCAGAUUAAUUCCAACUUUGCAAACUAUCGCUCCGCCUUGUCAGCAAAUGAUAAGGGCAAAAAAGGUUUUCUCAAAUACAUCACAAGCACACUAAAACAAGCAGAAUUAGAUGGUGAAAUUUCUAAAGGUGACUACAGUGACACAAAGAUCAUCGCCGACAAGAUGCUGCAUUUAUUCAAGGACGCUGCGAAGCAUGAUCCCAGACUACAUUUUGCUCGUCUUUCAGAAUGGAUUUGUCAGGAUGACAACAUUAAUGUUUCAGAAAGAACGACCAAAUCCACAACUGAUGGCGGCCAUGACGAUGGUCACAGGGAUCCUCCAGCGGAAGAUCAUGAGAAGCGUGACUUUCACGUAUUGAGUCAAUUAGUGAACCGUGAAAUACUUUCCGAAGAACCUUGCCCUCUAUCCAACAACGAUGAUGGAUGCAACUCUCCCGACAACAAAGAAAUGUUUUAUUUCGAAGAGUAUUUUCACCUUGCACGAGAUGCGUGUCUUUCAAAGGAAGCAACGGAUACUGUAAGAAUGGAACCGACAUUCACGUCGUUUGGAAAGGUUCUAAAAGAGCAUGGUGACGGUAUAUCACGAGUCCAGGCUUCGUCAACUGUGGAAGCUAAAAAAUGCCUUGAACAGAUAUGUCAGCAAUUGGCUCCACUCACAUUCGUCGACAUACAGACACGGGAAAGCUUACGUACUAAAGCCACUAAAUUUUCAAAGUUUGCUAUGGUCACGUCACCACAAACGGAAGAUGCGUCUGUAGUUGAGGAUGUGGAUGCGGACUACGAAGUAGCAAAGAACCAGAUUUUCUCGGAGUUCAAGGAAAUUGAAAAUUUGUUCAAGGGCCUUUUGACUCGGAUAUUCCAUCAUUUGGCACAAUAUGUGAGGCAUAAGGCAGCUCAAACGUAUUUGCAAUUCUACAUAAUAAGCCCGCUGGGUUCGGGUAUUGGGAAUUUGCUGAACACCGGACUAAACGAUCAGUAUAUAAACAACAAGUUGGGACUUCCACAAAACGCCACUCCGGCCAGCUUUGGUAUGGCAUAUGAUGAGGUGGAUGUGCCAUCGCAUUUCGGUUCAAGGAUUUCGAAAAAAUGCUGGCUGAUACGGUCUACCAACCCACAGACCACCAAAGCCUUUAUACUGCUUCAUGGGUGGUUUGGCAACAUGCAAUCCUGUCUAAAGUUUGCUGACGCACUCAAAAAGAUGCAGUGCCUAGACACCCACCACAUCUUGAUCAUGGAUUUGAGUGACGAAAGCGGUAAAUCUUUUGAAACCAAUAUCGGGUUAAAGGGAGUCGGAGACCUAUAUGACGCUUCUAUAUAUUUACACCGUGAAUUAGGCGUGGAGCAUAUCAGCUUAUAUACACAGUCUGUGAGCUCGCUUAGUGCCCUGAUGUUCAACGAGGUGAUUUCAAGGGCCCGCAAAAACCUCGGCGUUACCGCUGGCGGUGCGGAAUCCAUUUGCCCGUUUGUGGCUGAGAUGGAUACCGCGGUUCUAAGUAAAUUAACCGUCGAUAAGAUCAUCAUGGAAUCUCCCGUUGCCAACGUCCGACAUCAUGUCGUCAAUUCCUCCUCGGAUUACGUGAAAUGGAUGACUGAACAGUUCCUUUUAUCGCUCGACAAGGAUGGAUCGCACAUGGAUAAGCUGUCUCUCCAAACAUUUUUACGGAGUCCCGAGACAUGUGCCAAAGCGUACAUCAUGCAGGGCUCAGAAGAUGCGAUAACUACUCCUAAAAUGCUCCGAGAUGAAUUGACUCGUGAACCUUUGCCGGACAGCGUGAACUUAUUCCUCUUCCGUGAAGGUGGACAUACCAAUUUAUCUGCCACGAACGAUCCGGAAUACUUCUAUGCAUUGAAACGCAUUAUAGUUGGGCGUAAUAUAUGGGAAUUUUUAACAGGUAAAGGAACGAAAAACCGGAUCAAUGACCCUGAAAAGCUAGUCACUUAG